AUGCUAGUUAAAAAGGGCAAGAGUAAGAGCGGGAAGCCUCGCGGGCGAAGUACAUGGGCAAAAGGAAGUAAACUUGAACUCUUACUAUCCUUCGAAGACGAGUACCUUGCCACGGCCGACCCCGGAAGCGUCUACACCAGGAUAACAGCAGCAUUCUUGGAAAAAUAUGGAUAUGAUCUUCCAUUUGACGCUGAGCCGGCAGAGGAUUUUGUCGCAGAGAUACCUAAUAUCGCAGCCUUGCCGUAUGAAGAACAAAUCGAGGAGCAAACUCGUCGAGACGAAAUCCAUCAGAAGCUGCGGCUCAAAAUCUCGAAUUGGAUGCGACAUCGUUUCCGUCAUAAACAAUCCGAUCAAGACAUGGUAGCCGAUAUCUUGAAUACCAUGAGCUCCUUGACUGCGGAACGACCUCGACGACGGACGGCGAUGAAUAUUUACUGGGCGGAAAAUUAUGCAUCGAGGAUUCGUGAUGAAUUUCGAAAGCACUGGAAGAGCGCCAAUCUGACUGCGUCGUCUGAUGUUCGCAUGUCGAUGUGCGCAGAAUUCGUGAGGUCCAAGUACGACGACGAGACCGAAGAAUUCCGAAAGAAUCUUGAAAAGCGAGCCGAUGCUGAGUACGCGCAGGCCAUGGAAGAUUACAAUAAGCGUGAUGCCCUGGACGGAAGUCCUGAAGCGUACGCCAGGGCCUGGGAGGAGUCAGAUAACUUCUUACCUAUCUUCGUCGAUGCCAUUGCAAAGAAAUUCAGAAUGAGUGUGUCGCUAUUGCUGGUCGGGCCACUAGGGUCUGAACAAGGGAAGAUUGGGAUGAGAAGUGUCCACUUCAACAAUGCAGGCAGCAUGACCUCGCUCAUUUGGCCCCAGUAUGACAAGACUGGCUUCACAAACAUGCAGGCAUCGCUCAUUCGAUAUGGAGAGACAGUAUUUUCGCCCGAAGAGCGCAAACGCCGCAUCCCAAUGUCUGAGGCGAACGAUGCAGAACUCAACACUUCCCCUUCCUCGGGAGAUAUGGCCGUCCCAACGCCAGCACCUAUCUCCCCAACCACGAGCAAUGGACAGCUUGCAACGAUAUCGCAAGAAGAACCCUUGAACCUCAUCGAGAACACCUUUCCAUCUUUGACUCUGAAUGUACCGAUGGAUUUCGGGGUGAUGAACGCACCGGGCGAGUUCACAGCACUUUUGGGUCAAGAGUGGGAUAAUGACGCCCCGCUCUGGAAUACGAACUUCCAUCAGCCAGCCUACCAUCUCCCCCUUCUACCCACACAGCCUCUCCCUCAAUUCCCAGCUUCUAGAGACACCUUUCCGGCCAUGGGUUCUCCGUCGACUCUGGCCAUCACAUCCGCCACACCAGCCGUAGGGAUGCCAGCAAGUUCAACGGGAACCCCGCCACCCGUCCAACCUAUCCUUCAUUCAGCACUUCCUGCCAAGCUUGUCCCAUCUUCGCCACCCACGACAGGUCCCGUCAUGCCUACAACAGCAACUCUAUUCCCGACGAUUCACCCGGCCCCCAUCACACCAACGAUCCCCCCAAUUUUGCCUUCGUUGGUGGCUCGAUCUUCCACGAUUCCCGUGGUUUCCACCGUAUCAACGGUCACCCCAAUUUUGCCUGUUCCAGCAACUCCAUCCUCGACAAUUUCCGCGGCCUCCACCAUACCAACAAUCCCCCCAAUUCUGCCUACGACGGAGACUCCAUCGUUAACGAUUCACACAGCCUCCGCCAUGCCAACGCCCUCUGCAAUCUUGCCUGUAACUGUCCCUCUAUCCUCAAUGAUGCAUGAAGCAUCCAGCACGCCAACGAUCCCCCAAAUUUUGUCUUCAGAAGUGUCCCUAUCCCCAACGGCUCAUGCGGGGUCCAUGGCACCAACAAAUCCCGCAAUAUCGCCUUCGGCGGCAACUCCAACUCCUACGACUCCCGUCGCAUCUGCCUCACCAACGAUUCCUACGACUCCUGUGGCAUCUGCCCCGCCAACAAUUCCUACAACUCCCGCGGCAUCGAUUCCAGCAGAACUCCCACCGCCAAGCUCUUCACCUACUGUCGUCACCCCAACGGUACCUUCUUCCUCCACGUCGACUCCAGCUGCUCCCGCUGUGACACCUGUGGCGGCGACUCUGUCUGCAGUUGCUGAGCCUUUAGCACCGCCCCCCGCCAUCCCAGGGUCUCCCUCCGAGCCACUACUGGAGAAGGAGAACGUACCAGUUCCGCCAAAAAACAAGAAACGGGGGCGCAAGGAGCUUGCAGCAAACGAAGAACAGGUACCCCCUGCCCCGAAGAAACGUACACGGCAGAAGGCUUCAGCUGCCCCAGCCACAAGCCGGCCGCAGCGCGUCUCGAAUUUACCUCCUCACCUGGCGGAUGUGGGGUAUGUUCCCCCAUCAAAGGGAACACGGAAGCAGACCGUCAGUCAAAAGAAGAAAUGA